AUGUCCCAAGUUGACCGAAGCCGAGAUUUAUUUGAGGCGGUUAUGCAGAUUAAAAGGGUAGGCGGCAAAGAGGCCCUGAGCUUGUUUUUCACUCUUGCUUCCAGUAUAUGGCUGAGCAGAAAUAAAAAACUUUACGAAGACGAGAGUUUAAACAUGAGCUCUACCAUAGAACAUGCUAUUUCGAUGCUACAUUUGUUUGACGGGGUCAAAACUCAAUCGAGCUCUGCUUUGAAUAGCUUUUGUGCUUGGAAAGCUCCUCCGACAAAUUUUUUGAAACUGAAUGUAGAUGGUGCGACUUUUUGUCACCUUCACAAGGCGGGGAUUAGUGUUGUUCUAAGGGACCAAGCAGGAAAGGUGUUAAUGACUGCCUCAAAAAGAGAUUGGGAAGUGGCUGAUCCAGAAAUGAUAGAGUUUCUCGCAGUACUUCGAGGGCUUCAGCUUAUUAUGCCGAUGGGAAUCUCUCAUUUAGUCAUUGAAUCAGAUUGCCUCUUAGUUGUUUCACAGCUCAAUGACGUCGAAUCUAUUACCACGUCUCCUUGGGGCUCAAUCAUUGCUGAUAUUAGACGCCUUUUGUUUUCCUUUAUGGAUGUAACAAUAUGCCAUGUUAGUAGACUAGGGAAUGGGGUAGCUCAUGAACUAGCUAGACAUGCGUGGGAAGUGGAAUCCAUUCAGAUGUGGUGGGAGGGAUUUCCAGACUUUAUCUCUCAAACUAUUUGGCUUGAAAGUCAUCUGUAA